AUGGUUGAAAGAGUUGUGAAAUAUGGGCCACCAUUUGAAGCUAUAAUUAUGGAUCGUGAAUGGAAUAAUCCAAAAUUUUCAUUUUUAUUCCAAAACGAUUCACUUGAGCAUGUGUAUUACAGAUGGAAAUUAUAUUCAAUCCUUCAAGGAGAUCAAAAAAAUAGGUGGAAUACUGAAGCUUUUCAUAUGUUUGAUGAAGGUCCUAUAUGGGUUCCUCCAGAAAUUCCAUUUGAUGAAGUUGCAACUAAUGAAACAUUAGAUUCUGAUGAGGAUGAUGAGCAUGAAAGAGAACGUGUACCAAAAGGUACACUUGGUCCUAAAGCUAAACACAGAUUAGAAGCAAUGCUUAGAAAGUUAACAUUUAAUCGUGGUGCUAUAGCAAAAACUAUGGCAUUUUCUAUUGAUCAUUCAGAUGCUGCUGAUGAGAUUGUAGAAAUUAUCUUUAAAACACUUACCAUCAAAGAAACACCAAUUUCAACAAAAGUUGCAAGAUUAUACUUAGUAUCAGACAUUUUACACAAUAGUAGUGUUUCUAUUCCUAAUGCAUGGAAGUUUCGAACUGGGUUUGAGAGCAGAUUGCCAGAAAUAUUUGAACAUUUAAAUGAAAUAUACAGAUCAAUAACUGCAAGAUUAAAAGCUGAGACAUUCAGGACAAGUUAUAACAAUUCUUGGUGUUUGGGAAAAUUGGAUAGUUUUUCCACAACCAUAUAUUGA